AUGACAUACACAAGUCGUCAUAUGCGCCGUCCUGGUCUGAGACCAGCUCUAUACUAUUAUAUCUGUUUCGGUUUGAGGGACACUACCCCCAGACCUAUACCCGCCACACCAUAUCAGCCGCAAUUAUUUAAGCGAAGCAAAGAAGAUGAAGCACAACUCAAAAAACUAUGUGCACGUCACUCCCGGGAUUGGAGUCAGAUAGACGCACAAGCCUAUGAGGAUAUCAUAGACAGAGAUGAAGCUAGGAAGGAUGCAUCCAGGGAACCGCAGAGACUUGUUAUAUACAGCUACUUCGAGCAUCUCAACCUUCCUCCUCUGCCACCUCCUCUUCCACGAUGUAGUACAAGUGUACGAAUAAAGAGGGCAGAAAACCACAGUAAUGAGAGCGUAAGACCUUUUAUGUUGGCUUGCGAAAAAGGCUUGCUUGAUGAGGUCAAGGCUUGGACAGAAGAUGGGGAACGGAUAGAAGAGCUGCAACAGCUGGGUCUCCAAGACGGACUGGUCUACGCAGCGAGGGCGAAUGAGAUCGAAGUAGUGCGAUAUUUGCUCGACGAAAGAUGGACACAUCUAAACGGUGAAGUGGUGAGAGAAGCUUGCGAUAAUCUCUCCCUCCCGCUGUUCGAACUGUGCGUCCAGCAUGGCUAUCACCCUAAUCAGCAGAUACCUAGCCUCAAUGGGUAUUUCGGCGUUGCCAUAAACCACUGCGUUCAAGACGUGGAUAUCACUCGUUUUCUUCUUGAACACGGUGGAGAUCCGGAUCUUGCCCCAUUCAAGGACGGAAGGCUACACAACUGGGGAGAGAAAGCCACGCCGCCAAUGGACCGUACAUCAGGACUCGCGCUCGACCUUGCGGUUGAGAAGAGCCCAAUGAUAGUGGCGCAGAUGCUUCUCAAGCACGGUGCUCAUCCACAAUACUCACGCCCCCUGCAUCGAGCUAUCAAAAGACUGCACUGCCAUCCAAUUCCUGGCGCGCAGACAGACUGGAGACCUCUGAUGGAAAUGGCCUUGAGCCACGGCGCUGAGAUCAACGCAAGGACCUACUCGGGCGGCACAGCGCUGUCGAGGGCUGUUCACUACAAAAACUGGGAAAUUGUUGAAUUUCUCAUUGAGAAGGGCGCGGACCCGUUCGUCAAAUGCCCUGCUUCAAAACACGAUUCGUUCGAUUCAGCGCUGAAAUUUGAGGAUCAGCCUUGGCAGAGAAGCAAGGAGGUGAAGGAAUAUCUGAAAGGUUUGAUGAGUGGAUCAAAAUUGGAGAUUGGAGGAGAAGCCCUAGAGGAGGCGAGGAAGAAUCCACUGGUGCAGAUCAUUGAGAAAGUGAAGAGCAGAGAUGCGGACGGAGUAGAGACUCCAUAA